AUGCGAGGGAGGACGUUCGGCUUCUCCCAAAGAUUUCUUCUUUCCCAGGUAACGCCCUUGGCAGGCUCUUGGCGCCAGUCGCGGCCCAGCUCGAGGUUCCCAAGCCGUCCCGCGAUCGCCGCGGCGGCAGGAAGGAUGGAGAGCAGCGCCGCCGACGCCAGCCGCUCCCGCGGCCCGGGUACCAUUCCCAAGGUCUCGAAGAUCCAGUCGGUGAUCGGGCAGGACUCCCAAGGUGCAACGUCUUAGCUCGCCGUGGAGUUCAUUCCUUCGGAUUGACGACAGCUUUCCUUGAAUACACGUCAUAGAAAUUGAUCAUAGCCACGACUAGGACCGGAGAAACUCCACACUCGAGUCGAUAUCUAACUCCUUUUAGGGCUUCUUAGUGAUUAUUGGCCAUACCCAAUUGUGGAUUGAUGGGUGUGUUGGCAUGAUCAGGCGGGUGGGAGAGAUGCUGGGAGGAAGGACUUACGCCGUGGGAUCUGGGAAAGCCGACGCCUCUGAUUGCACAUCUCGUUCAGACCGGGGAUCUUCCUCUGGGCAGGGCUCUGGUUCCUGGAUGUGGCAGUGUGAGAGUCCUUGACCCCUUGUUUCGUCUGCUUUAGCACGCUUCCAGUUAUUCAGGGUAUCAUCAUCUGCAUACAGUCGCAUAUGUUCAAUAAUCAAGAAAUUCCUCUGUUCGUACCAAAUCCCUGUCGUUUAUUGAUGGUUCUCCGUGGAAUUGUUUCACUCCUGCUCCGUUAAUUUCACUAAAUUUUUGAGUCGCAGGGCCACGACGUGGUUGCAAUGGCUGGCCCGGAGAGGCAUGUCGUCGGAGUGGACAUAUCUGUGAGUGCAAUACAGAAAGCAUGUGAGGUAAGUCUGGUAGAAGGAAAGUAAAAGGAAUAAAUGAACAUGUGAAGGAAGAGAGUUACGAUGAGAUAUUACUGUACCUUUUCUUUAUGAAAUAUUAGUCCCUUCCACGAGCCAAUAUCCUAGUUCUGUGCCGAACCAGAUGACGUCCGCGUUGCCAAACAAGGAACACUUCACAUUUCUGGCAGAAGAUUUCUUUGCCUGGCAACCGACCGAGCUGUUCGAUCUAAUAUUUGAUUAUACGUAAGUUCUGAGCUCAUGCCAUGUGAUUUCAGCUUUCUUAUGCACCUUUUCAUGUCCGCAUGUCAUGAUCUACAGGUUCUUCUGUGCAAUUGAUCCGUCCAUGAGGUCUGCUUGGGCUGACCGAAUUGGAGAUCUCUUAAAGCCCGACGGGGAACUGAUCACACUGAUGUAUCCGGUAAAUUUUUCUAUCUACUUGAUUCACGUUCCCUUGGAUUGUGUGAUCACCUUUGUUGGGGUUUGACCAUGUUCGAUUUGGCAGAUGGAUGAAUUUGACGGUGGACCUCCGUAUGCAGUUUCAGUCAGUGAGUACGUAUACAGCUAAAAACACAGAAGAAACAAUGCAUGCGAUCUACGAAUCAAGUAGAUGUCUUUAAUGAUCUUGGAAAGAGAUUAGGGGAAUUACAAUGUUCCUGGAUAAUUAUGAAGCCUUUUUCUUUGAGAAUUUUUUUUUCUUCUUGUUGAAUAGAUUGCACUGACCUUUGUCUCCGACACACAGCUAUGAGGAGGUACUACAUUCCCUGGGCUUCAAGGCCAUCUCAGUGGUGGACAAUGAGCUAGCAAUUGCGCCACGAAAGGUUCUCUCACUUGAUCAUAUCAUCGAAAUUUUCUUGAAAAUCUAGAAUCUUCCGUUACAUUUCAUGUAACUGCUUGUUAUCCUUUCUAUUUUAUUGUUAAAACCAUAUUCUAAAAACAUAAAAUCUCGAAAAUAUUUUUGGAAAUAAAACCGGCCAAAAAGAGCAUGUUUUCCUGUUUAGGGAAAACUAAGAUGACCCAAAGGAAAAGAAAAGUUAUUUAAUCCAGAAGUUUCUAUCAAACCUUCUUAAUAGUCCUUGAUGUGAGCCGCUGGUCAUUCUGCAUAUCUCAGUUAAGGUUCAGUUCAACAACUCCAGCCCAUUAUUUGGUGAGUAAGCAUAUAGGCGCAAUAAUUAAUCCUACAGUUCUAUUUUGUUCCUAUACUAGCAAAAUAUUACCUUCCCGGCUGUGGAUCCGCUGAUAUGUGCAGUUUUUUUGGCAGGGGAGGGAGAAGGUUGGACGAUGGAAGAGGAAAUCACCACAGGCACAUAUGUGA